AUGGGUUCUAAAAAAACUUGUCUGCGGUCGGACGAUUUCUUGAAGCCAAAGAAUAUUCUAAAGGACAGCCUCGAAGCUCCCCGCUUAUUUGGGGCAAGUGAUCCAUGGGAACAAAGGGAGCGGGCAACAGGUGAUGUAUCAGCUUGUGAAGUCACGGGUGGUGGGCACCACCGCGGCCACACCAUGCGGAUCCUCGCAUUCCAGCGCAACAAGCGUGUGGGACAAAAACUAUACCUCUCUGAUGACGCUGCACUUUGUCAAUUAGUCAGUAAUAGGGUUUUUAACAAGAUAAUUUCUCACACACACCCCGCGCAAACAAUCGGCGAGGGUUGCGCAAGGGUGCGUUCGUAUCUCCGCCCCCUUCAGACCGAACAAUGCUGGGGAGGGGGUGAGUGCGCGUUGCAUAAUCGGCAGCCCAAUUUUGCACUUUCCACUCUAGAGGACAAUGGGGCGCGUCAAACAAUCGGUCAACGGCGGGACACGGUCGACGGGCGGCAACAAUGCUCCGACGGAUUUAAUCAGCGGUUGCCGUUCGUCGAUGAUGAUCAGUGGGGGAUGAGGCAAUGGAUGAAUACGGCCGGUUCAUUCAAGUACGGCAUUGUU